AUAAGAUCUCCACCUAUUUAAUUAAAUUAACCAAUUAAGUAGGUAAUAAGGCACACGUUUAAUUUAGUACCUAAUGUCUAACGAGUAGUAAAUUCAACAGUUAUCAACUGAACCGGUCCAUUCUUGCUUUUUAGCCUUUUUAGCUCUGCGUGUUACAACUAACUGUAUGCGGUUUUUCCCACAAGUGGGUCAUCGUGGCUCAUAAUAAUACGUUUAGUAAGAAACGGUGAGAAACGGUCUUUGGCACUGCCCAUGAUUUGCCCACUUCAUUUCUAUUACGAUCACGUGACAUUAUCACUUUCCUUAACCCUCUGCUACUAAUGAGACUAUAUAUAAAACUAUAGACGACGAUAAGGACCUCAUUUAAUAACACGACGUGUGUCCGUGAAGUGUACGGGUUCCUUAAACGUUAAACGACAACCAUCAAUAGCUUAAUAAUAGCAUAAUGAAACUGUUACUAUUGCUUCUCCUGGUUGCUGUUGUAGCUGCUGACAAAUAUACAACAAAAUACGACAAUGUCGACAUCGACAGGAUUCUUUCAAACCAAAGGGUUCUCACAAAUUACAUCAAAUGUUUAAUGGACGAGGGACCAUGCACUUCAGAAGGAAGGGAGCUCAAAAAAACCCUUCCAGAUGCUUUAUCAACCGGUUGUACAAAAUGUAAUUUGAAACAGAAACAAACUGCAGAAAAAGUUAUCAGGCAUCUAAUGAAGAAUCGGCCGUCUGACUGGGAGAGACUUACUGCAAAAUACGAUCCCAAAGGAGAAUACAAAAAGCGCUUCCAGGCUCAGGUGAAAGACGUAAAAAACUGAAUGAUCAAAAUAUCCUACCUAAGUAACUAUUGUAUUAAGGCGUAUAUCAUAAGUGCAAACAAAUAAGUUUUAUAAUAAAACUUCGAGUUUAUUGUUAUAAUUAAUAGAUUCCGUAGCUCAACAAAAUAACUGAAUGUCAAUUUUGUAAUUGCUUACAACGUUAUAUGGAUUUGUAUUUAAAUAAAACUUAAAAUC